AUGACAUCUUUUGAACUGUACUUGUAUGAGAAUUUUUCAAGGCUUGAUGAAUGAACGCAGACUAGCCUUAAUCAAGGUUUUUCAUCAUUUCAGACAAUUAAAAACGCAUUUCAGACUCUUUAUAGUAAUAAAAUCCACUUCAUAGAUCAAGAGUUUUCUUUGUACGGGUCUCCCGCCGAAACUGAUGAAACUUCAGAAAAUCAGGAUUUUAUUGAAAAAAUCGAAGAAAUAAUGCAAGACUCAGACCGAGAAUUAAGGAUUCCAAUUGUAUCUUGCUGAAAAGCACUGCCAGUUGAAGGAAACCGCCAAUUAUCAGAUGAAGAGCUUAAAUUUAAUUAUUUUUGGCAAACAAUAGUAAUUCUCCCUAAGAAUCACACACUUAUCGAUGGUAGUCCUCUGAAAAACACAUCCGAAUUAAUUUUUUUCAUAGACUCAUCAGGGAAUAACUUUCGAAUUCCUGAAAAUAUAAAAUCUCUAUUAACUGGAAAAUUUAAUCUUGAAGAUCCGGAUGGAUGGCAAAGCUCUUUUGCUGGGUGCUUUCCAAAUGCUAAAAUAACUGAUACAUCCUUCGCUAAACAAUGCACAUAUCCUUACGAAAGCGGUCUUUGGUGUUUAUUUAACACGGUCAUGCUUAUUUCAAAAGGCAAUCAUAAGUUCUUGGGCUCAUUUUAUAGAUUUGAAAUCGAUCGAAGUAGUAAAUUGAGAGCUAUUUUAGAAAAAUAUAGCAUUGACUUAAAUGAUCCAACAAUUUGCGUGACACCACACCGUCCUACGAAAGCUUCAGAUAUAUCACCCGAAACUCGGCAGUCUGCUUUAAAAGUUAAAAAAAAAUCUACUAUUUCUGGCGGGAAUGUAGACUUUAUAAAUGCUAUAAGUGAUGAUACUUUUGUUGAUAAAUGAUUAUGGGAUGAACGGCAACCCCAAUAUUGACAUUUAUCUUCAAGGAAUGCGUGAUUCGAUUUGAAAUGCAUAUAG